AUGGGUAGUAAGAAAAAUGGAAAUAUUGAAAAUAAGAACACGCAAGUGAAAAAACCGCCGCGAAUCAAGGAACCACCUGGUGUUUUAGCGCGAUUAUUAUUUUUUUGGACAUUUCCAUAUUUUUACUAUGGAAAUCGACGGGAUUUGGAAGAAUACGACUUAGUACCUGCUAAGUCUAAGUACAACUCGAAAUUGGUGGGCGAUGAUUUAGAAAGAAAUUGGCUACAAGAAGAGGCGGCAGCGAAGGCCGCCGGUAGAAAACCAUCCUUUAAUAAAUGUCUUGUGAAGACAUUCUUUUGGUCUUUCGUUCCUGGAGGCAUAAUACAAUUAAUGUCAGUUAGUAUUCGGACAGUCACUCCGCUGCUCUUCGCAGAGUUGCUCUCCUACUGGUCUGCACAUUCUACAAUAAGUAGAGAAACUGCUGCAUAUUACGCAGCUGGUAUGAUUUUGAGCAAUUGGAUAGCUGCCUUUUGCGGACAUCAUGGAAAUUUUCUAUGUCAGCAAUUUGGAAUGAAGUUAAGGGUGGCCAUCAGUUCUCUUAUGUUUAGAAAGAUUAUGCGGAUGAAUAACGGUUCUUUAGGAGAGACGACGGCAGGAAAAGUUGUGAACAUAUUAUCAAAUGAUCUGCAACGAUUUGAUUUAGCGUUCCUCUUCCUACAUUAUUUAUGGAUCAUUCCAAUACAGUUAGCCGCGGUUUCAUACCUGGGCUAUAUGCAAGCGGGUACUGCUGCUCUCAUCGGAUUGGCUGCUUUAAUUAUCAUUGCAUUGCCCAUUCAAGGUAGUCUUGGUCGGUUUCUUGGCAGAAUAAGAUUUCGUACUGCAGAAAAAACAGAUGCACGGGUCAAAUUAAUGAGCGAAGUUAUUAAUGGAAUACAGGUGAUCAAAAUGUACGCGUGGGAAAUUCCGUUCCAAAAAGUUGUUGGGCAAAAACGCAUGGAUGAACUGAAACAAAUAAAAAUUGCCUCCUUGCUGAGAAUUAUAUUCAUUGGUUUUACGGUUUUUACAGAAAGAGCAGCCCUUUUCAUAACCGUUCUAUCGCUUAUUUUGCUUGGAAAUGUAUUGACUGCUAAUGUUAUAUAUCCCUUACAACAAUUUAUGAACGCUGCCCAAAUUAAUAUAACAUUAAUUUUACCGUUAGUAUUAACAUUUACUGCUGAGUUAAUGGUUUCGUUGAAAAGAGUGGAACAAUUCCUUUCCUUGGAAGACAGACCUGACUUAAUUGAAGAUAAAGUGCGCACUAAAUCGAAUUUAUUUAGGAACGUGUCAGGAAACUUCGAGGACUUUAAAGAGGCAACAGUUAGGCCUCUAUCCUACCAAACAAAAUCAGAAUUUUCUUUAAGCAAUGGUUCUUUACGGUCAGAGAGGAAAUUUCGAAGAAGUCUCUCUCAACCAAACUGUGAUAUUGCGGUUGAACUGCGGGACGUUAGCGCCAGUUGGACCGAUGACCCCAAUUUCUUGGCACUCAAGAACAUCUCUGUACGCAUACGCAAAGGAAAGCUUUGCGCAAUCAUAGGGGCCGUCGGGUCAGGCAAGUCUUCGUUCUUGCAACUACUGCUGAAGGAAUUGCCUGCAGCUACUGGCAGCGUGUCAGUGUUUGGAAAAAUCUCGUACGCUUGCCAAGAGGCGUGGCUUUUCCCGAGUACAGUCAGAGAAAACAUUUUGUUCGGUAUGCCUUACGACAAGGAGAAAUACAAUGAAGUAUGUAAAGCGUGCGCUUUAGAGAAGGAUUUCAAACAAUUCCCUUAUGGCGAUCAAACCCUAGUGGGUGAAAGAGGUGUAUCCCUCUCAGGAGGUCAGCGUGCCAGAAUCAAUUUGGCUCGGGCCGUCUACAGAGAGGCCGAUAUUUAUCUAUUGGACGAUCCGCUGUCUGCCGUGGAUGCCAAUGUGGGGCGCCAGCUUUUUGAAGGCUGCAUCAAUGGCUAUUUACGACAACGCACAAGAAUUCUAGUCACUCAUCAAAUACAUUUCCUUAAAGCAGCUGACUACAUCAUUGUUCUAAACGAGGGUGGCAUUGAAAAUAUGGGAACUUUCGAUGAAUUGGUAUCAUCAGGCAAAGAGUUGGCUGUAAUGAUGGCUUCAUUACAAGAAGGAAAAGACAAAAGUACAGAUAAUAACACUUUGAAAGUUGAAGAAAAAGAGAAGGCAGGUUUAAAGAAGUCAGUGUCUAUCAGUGAGGGCGAAGAGCUAGAGCAAUUUGAGGCGCAAAAGAUGGCUGCCGAAGAGAGACAAUCAGGAAAUCUUCGUUGGGAAGUUAUUUCCACAUACUUUAAGUUCGGUGGUAGCUUCUGUUUAGUGGCGUUUACUUUGUUAGUAAUUGCAAUGACAUCUGCAUCAGCAGCUGCUGUUGAUUAUUGGGUCAGUUUCUGGUCCAACCAAAUGGCGAAGUAUGAAGAAGAAACAGGCACUACAAAUAUGGAGCCGGGUUUGGAUGUACAAGUGGGCCCCUUUACGACUGGACAGUAUCUGAUCAUCCACGGUUGUCUAAUUCUAUCGGUCAUCAUAAUUACAAACGGUCGAGCUAUACCUUUUGCACAGUUAUGUGUCAACGCUUCCAAGAAGCUACAUGACCUAAUGUUCUCAACAAUGAUUAAGGGCAUUAUGCGAUUCUUCGAUACUAGUUCUUCGGGCCGGAUCCUCAAUCGUUUUACAAAAGAUAUUGGUGCAGUCGACGAAAUACUACCAAGAACUUUGUUAGAUGUUUUGCAAAUUUAUGGAACUUUGACAGCUAUUCUUGUGCUAAAUGCCAUAGCACUAUACUGGACAUUGAUACCAUCAGUAGUAUUGUUAACAUUCUUCGUGUUUUUCGUAAAGUUGUACACAAAAGCCGCUCAAGGGAUUAAGCGGCUGGAGAGUAUUACAAAAAGUCCCGUUUUCGGUAUGGUCACAUCUUCAUUGAGUGGUAUUGCAACUAUCCGAUGCUGCGAUGCUCAAAACCGUCUCAUUGAUGAUUUCGACACUCAUCAGGACUUGCACACAUCAGCGUGGUACAGCUAUUUGGGUGGUGGAGUCACUUUCGGAUUUUAUUUGGACACAAUGUGCCUAGUUUAUCUUUCUUCUGUCAUCUUUGUCUUCUUAUAUCUUGACUUUGGUGAUUUGAUCCCAGUGGGCAGUGUAGGGUUGGCUGUGACACAGAGCAACACGCUCACUGCAAUGUUGCAGCACGGCGCUCGCAUGCUGGUGGAGUACGUCGCACAGCUUACCAGCGUUGAACGUGUGCUGGAGUACACUCGUGUCGAAACUGAGAAGAACCUCUUUGAUGGACCGAUACCUAUUCCACCGAUGUGGCCUUCAGAAGGAAGAAUUAUAUUUGAAAACGUAAACUUGCGGUACGGACCUGAUGAAGAUCCAGUAUUGAAGAAUUUGAAUCUUGUAGUUGAAAGUGGUUCAAAGGUGGGAAUCGUGGGUAGAACCGGCGCUGGCAAGUCAUCCUUAAUAUCAGCGUUAUUCAGAUUUGCGUACAUCGACGGCACGAUAACGAUCGACGGUAUUGACACUGCUAUGGUGUCUAAGCAGGGCUUACGUUCAAAAAUUUCUAUCAUCCCGCAAGAGCCCGUACUAUUUUCAGCAACAAUUAGAUACAAUCUUGACCCAUUCAACAUAUACAGUGACGAUGAUCUUUGGAGAGCUCUCGAGCAGGUAGACAUGAAAGCGGCUGUUCCCUCUUUAGACUUCAAAGUGACUGAAGGUGGCUCCAACUUUUCUGUUGGUCAAAGACAGCUCAUGUGCUUAGCGCGCGCUGUGCUUCGGUCCAAUAAAAUAUUGAUAAUGGAUGAGGCCACAGCAAACGUUGACCCACAGACGGAUAAUUUCAUUCAACAAACAAUACGACGUCAAUUUGCAUCGUGCACUGUCCUGACGAUAGCCCAUCGUUUGAACACCAUUAUGGACUCCGAUCGUGUCCUCGUAAUGAGUGGUGGUGUUAUUGCCGAAUAUGACCACCCGUACAAACUGCUCUCAGAUCCCAAUAGCAGUUUGUCCAGUAUGGUGCGGGAAACCGGUGAGAAGAGCAGUCACAUACUGUACGAAGUUGCCAAAGAUGCUUAUUUCAAAAAUAAUCUGAAAGAAGAUUUAAGAUGA